GUACGCAUAGUGUUAGCGUUAGUGCAAUGAGCGCUCAUUAGUAUAAUUAGUAUUUUGUUAACAAUUACGAUGAAUACGACCCAUAAAUACCUGUCAUUAUUAUAAUUGCCAUUCAAUUCACUUAUUCAUGGUUUGGCUGGUGUUGAGAUAUGUCUUCGGUGGCCACCAAUGAGACCAAUAUUGAUAUGAACGGCAAAGGAGAGGAAUGCACAGAAUGGCCGAAGAUCAGUCCCGACGGCGAGGACUCGAUUGGUGUCGUGAAUGGCGUGAAAGGCGUGGAGUUGUGUUCAGUGGCGGCAAGUCUGGUGUCGGCGCCGAAGGAGUCGUGGCUCCUGAGGCUCUUCGAGGCCCAGCUCUUCGAUAUGUCGAUUGCCAUCACUUAUCUGUUUAAGUCGAAGGAGUCGGGAGUGUUGUCCUACUUAGGGAACCGUAUGUUCACAUUCAGUGCUCCGGAAGUGGACUUCUAUUUACCACAACUGAUCACUCUAUACAUCCAUCACAACGACAUCGCGGAAUCGCUUCAC